GUAUUACUGCAGUGUAAUAUAUCUAACAUGUCAGUUCUCCAUCAUUGUUUCAGUUGAACAGUAUUUACAACGUGAGAGCCCAGAGGACAAGAGGAGAAGAGAGGAAUCUGCUUGUUUGCUUGAAAUACAGCUGGACUACAAACGUCCAGAGGACAUUUACAGACUAAUAGAGGACAGGAACCAGAAGCUGAAGGAAAAAGAGACACAACUGGAUGACAUGACCCAGCAGGUGAGAGAGAAGGAGAGACAACAGGAGGAGCUUAGAAAAGACCUGCAGGACAAGAACAACCAAGUAGAGAAGCUCACAGUCCAACUGCAGGAGAAAGACUCUGAACUGGAGGAGAGGAACCAGAGACAGAGAGAAAAGGAGGGAGAAUUAGAAGAGAGAGACCAGCAACUGGUGAGACUAGACAGUGAAUGUAAAGAGAGAGAGAAGAGACUGGAAGAGAAGGACAAACAACUCGAAGAGAGAGACCAACGACUGGAGAGACUGGAGAGUGAAGGUAAAGAGAGAGAGAAGAGACUGGAAGUGAAGGACAAACAACUAGGAGAGAGAGAUAAAGUGUGUGAAGAGAAAGACAAGCAGCUGAAGGAGAAAGAUGAUGAACUAAAGAAGAGGCAGGAGGAACUGGGAGAGAAAAACAAACAACUAGAAGAGAGAGACCAACGACUGGAGAGACUAGAUAGUGAAGGUGAAGAGAGAGAGAAGAGACUGCAAGAGAAGGACAAACAACUAGGAGAGAGAGAUGAACUGCUGAAGGAGAGAGAUAAAGUGUGUGAUGAGAAAGACAAGCAGCUGAAGGAGAAAGAUGAUGAACUAAAGAGGAGGCAGGAGGAACUGGGAGAGAAAAACAAACAACUAGAAGAGAGAGACCAACGACUGGAGAGACUAGAUUGUGAAGGUGAAGAGAGAGAGAAGAGACUGGAAGAGAAGGACAAACAACUAGGAGAGAGAGAUGAACUGCUGAAGGAGAAAGACAGACAUGUGGAAGAUGUCAAAAAUGAAAACAUUAAACUUGCACAGCAGAUAUGUGACCUAAACACUGAGGUAGAGAGACAGAGAAAUGAGUUAUCAGUUAAAACCACUGAGAGAGGAGAGAUCUCAGAAGCAGAACCCAAACUACCAAUCAGGAGGAGACGCAGCAGGGAGCAUCUUCCAUCUAUGGGAGGAGAGACCCCAGAUACAGACCCACCACUACCACAGGAUGAAGGUUCUACUGUGGUCCCUGUAGUCAGGAGGAGACGCAGCAUGGAUUACCCUCCACACAUGGGGGGAGAGAGCAGCAGUCCAGACCCUCCAGUGUCUCCCAGUGUGUCUGAGCUGAGACUGGUGCUGCUGGGGAGGACUGGGGCUGGGAGGAGGGCAGCAGGAAACACCAUCCUGGGCAGAGAGGAGUUUAGGGCCCAGGACAGCCCCUCUGCAGUCACCCAGAGGAGCAGGAGGAGAGAGGGGGACGUGUGUGGGAGACGGCUGGUGCUGGUGGACACUCCAGACUGGUUCUGCCCUGGACUCUCUCUGGAGGAGAUGAGACAGGAUGUGGGGCUGUGUGUCCGUCUGUCCGCCCCGGGACCCCACGCCUUCCUCCUGGUCGUACCAGUGGAGCCCUCUGAGGGGGAGGAGAGAGGAGCCAUGGAGAGAAUGGAGGACAUGUUUGGAGAGGGUUGUUGGGGACACACUGUCAUUCUGUUCACCCAUGAUGACAGUCUGAGAGAGCAGAGCAUGGAGGAGUUUCUCCAAACAGGAAGUCAGGACCUCCAGCAGCUUGUAGAGAAAUGUGGGAACAGGUACCACGUCCUCAACAUUAAGGACAGGGCCCAUGGCACUCAGGUCCCAGAGCUGCUGCACCAGGUAGAGGAGAUGGUGGCAGGAAACAGAGAGAGCUUCUACAGCAGUCAGACCUACCAGGAGGCAGAGGCCCAGGUCAGAGAGAUGGAGGGAAAGAUUCAGAGGGAGAGAGAGGAGAAGAUACAGAGGGAGGAGACAGAGAGGAAAGAGAAGUUUGAGACAGAGCUGCAGAACUCUCUGAAGAAGAUAGAGGGAGUGAUCCAGGAGCACGAGGGAGACAUCAGAACACUCAGCCAUCGAACAUCUGAACUGGAGAGACAGGUGAAGGAAGAGAGGGAUGAGGAGAAGAAGAGAGAGCUGGAGAGGGAGCUGAAGAGAGAGACUGACCGGAGAGAGGAGAUGGAGAGAAAGCUGGAGAGAUUUAGAGAGAAGAGAGAGAAUGAGAGGAGGGAGAGGGAGGAGAGACACAGGCAGGAGAUGGAGGAGUUCAGGGAGAACUAUGAAGGAGAGGCCAGAGUUGAAGCAGAGAGAAACCUGAUGAAGGUGGUCCUACCUGAGCUACAGAGGAGCAUCAUGAUCUCACACACUAAGAUGCAGAGAGACUUCAGCAGACAAAUGCAGGAGAAGAAUAGAGACAUGGAGGUGAAGGAUAGAGAGAUGGAGAGACUUAAGUACAAAUUAAUAGAUCUCAGUACUAAGUUUUUAGAUGAAGUCCAUGAAGUCAGUGCAUGGAACAAGUCUCACCUAGGACCAGAGGAGGAGGGGGUGGAGGAAGAGGAGGAGGAGGAAGGGCUUACUGAAACAACUCCUCUCCUUAGAGGAGAGACUGAGCAGCUGACAUAGCCAGAGAACUGAGAUUGUUUCAUACUGUGACGAUGUCUGUACAUAUACUUUUACGCUGUGUAUCUGCCGUUAAACGUGUUAAGAUCCU